GUAAGUGGUAUUGAGCAGCGACCGACUUAUGACUUGAACAGCGAACGAUCUUUAAAAUUGUGCGGGUGUUUUUUAUUAUAUUUUUACGUACGAUUCAUUUCAUAGGCUAAUAACUGUUUUACCUAAUUAAGUGAAGUCAUAAAUCAGUGUGUUUAUUAAUGAGUUUUACAUUAAUUUUAUUGGAAAUAUUAAUUAAUAGUUUAGUAAUUUGGAUGUAACGGAAACUCAUCCAUUGUUAGACAAUAAAAAAAAAUCCAAAACUGAAAUACCAUACAAGAAUUCCAGAAUGGCGGCGGGACAAUUUUUAAAGCAAUUAAAUGAACGAAAAUUAGUAGUUGAUUUAUUCACAGUAUUUUUUGGUGUGAGUGCAUGGAUUGGCGUGAAUACAUUAUUUAACGAACUCCCCUUACUUGUGGAAAGUUCCCCGGAACAAUGGAACUUACCAUCAUAUUUAACUGUAAUUGUACAAAUCGCAAACAUUGGACCGAUUUCAUAUAGUAUAUUAAAAAAAUACUUCUCUGUAUCGGAUAAAUAUACGAUUUAUUUAAUUAUUACAAUUGGGGCGUUAUCUGCCCUAAGUAUGGCAUUCUUCUACUCACAAACGACAAUGAUUUUUGGAGUGGAACAUAGUACGGCACUGUUUGUUUUAAUGUUCUUUACGGCGUUGGUUGGCUGUACAAGUUCGGUGCUAUUUAUGCCGUACAUGGGUCGUUAUUUAGAAAUCUACUUAAUUACAUACCUCAUGGGCGAAGGUUUGAGUGGGUUUAUUGCAAGUAUGGUCGCCAUUGUUCAAGGUGUAGGGUCCACGGAAUGUGUUAACAAAACAGAUCCGGAUGGUGGCGUACACUUAGAACCAAAAACAUAUCCGGCACAUUUUUCGACGAAGUUAUAUUUCUUAAUCGAAUUCGGUAUAUUGUUGUUAAGUUUAAUAUCAUUCUAUUUAUUAAAUAAUUUAAGUGUAUCCAAAUCACAAAUGGUGAAAAAUUAUUCGCCAAAUAUGAGCGAAAAUAUUGAAGAAUCGCAACCGAUGCAAGAUUAUGUGCCAUUAUCGAAACCGAAAUUCUAUUCGUUGUGCUUAUAUAUGGCAACAAUAAAUUUCUUUGGAAAUGGAGUUUUUCCAAGUAUACAAAGUUAUUCAGUAUUACCCUAUGGACCCAGUACGUAUCAUUUUACGAUAUGUCUAUCGAACAUGGCAAACCCCAUCGCGUGUUUUCUAGCAUACUUUUUACCAAAAACAACGUUCUCGGCGCUGGCAUCGUUAACGGUGCUGACAUUUGGUACGGGUGUUUAUAUAUUUUCAAUGGCUGUUUUAUCACCAACGCCGUUACUCGUCGAUUCAAUUUAUGGAAGUAUUAUUAUCGUGGUACUCUCAAUAUUAUUUGUGGCUUUUGUUAGUUACAUAAAAUUAAGUGUUACAAUGAUCUUCCGUAAUGAAUUAUCAAAAGCUGGCCAAAAUUCAGCAUUAUUCUGGUGUGGUGCAUACUCACAAAUUGGUUCAGCACUUGGUGCAGUUGUAAUGUUUAUAAUAAUAAAUGUAGGCAAAGUUUUUGAGCAAUAUCAAGCAUGUUCCUAGACCAAAAUUUAUUAUUCUUUUUUUAGAUUAAUUAUGUUUAAAUAGAUUUAUUGCAAAAUAUAUCAAAUUGUUUAUACUUUUUUAAUUAGUA